ACGAAGAGGUCCUAACGAAUAUUAUAUUCCAGAACUAGAAAAACCAGGAUUAGUCCAUUGUAAUGUAAUCCCAAUCCACACGUUGGAUUUGCGCGGAUGCAUAUGUCAACUAUAUGAAAAAGACCUCCAUUUUCUCGGGGGUCACUUUCUCUAUUUAAAAAGCCAAUCUUUAACAUACCCACCACAGCAUCAUCAUUUUGCUUUGCAACCAAGGAAAACAAAAUACAAUUUGAAGAAGAAGAAGAAAGAACAGAACAGGGAAGAAAAAAGAGGAAGAGAUGAAGCUAGUUUGGUCUCCAGAGACGGCUUUGAAAGCUUAUAUUGAUACUGUCAAAUCUGUAAGAAACCAACCUUCACGAUGAUUCACCUACAUAGUGUGAACGUUUCCACGAAUCGGGUGUAGCAGAGCUCAUUUCAGCCAUGGCUGCAGGGUGGAAUGCAAGAUUGAUUGUAGAAACAUGGUCACGAGGUGGAGUUAUUGCCACAAGCAUUGGCCUUGCUGUUGCAAGCCGACACACGGAUGGAAGACACGUAUGCAUAGUUCCAGAUGAAGAUUCGAGGUCAGCGUACAUCGAAGCCAUGGAAAAGGCUAGUCUGUCGCCGGAAGUUGUUGUUGGCGAACCAGAGGAAGUGAUGGGAGGUUUGAUAGGUAUAGAUUUCUUGGUGGUGGACUGUAGGAGGAAUGACUUUGCAAAAAUAUUGAGAGUGGCAAAUUUAGGUCACAGGGGCGCCGUUUUGGUAUGUAAGAAUGCUAGCUCGAGAGCAGUUUCAGAUUUUAGAUGGCGUAGUGUUGUUGAUGGCGGAUCUCGUCGACUAGUGCGAUCUGUGUUUCUACCCGUAGGGAAGGGAUUAGACAUCGCACAUGUGGCAACUAGCGGGGCAAGUUCAAGUUCAAGCAAGGGUGGAAGCCGAUGGUUCAAGCACAUCGAUCUCAAAUCUGGUGAGGAGCAUGUAAUCAGGAAGUGAGACAAGAAGAUGUAUAGCCUAUCCUCUUCUAAUCUAGUGGUUGAGUCAAUGAUCAAUUUAAGUCUAGGGUUCAGGGAUUGGAAUUAUAUAGAACCAUCACAAAGGGAUUAUACAAAUCUUUUUUUGAUUCAGUAUGUAAAUUAAAAGGUUUUCAGUUAGUAAUUAGUUUUUUCCUUCUUCCUCUUGCAGACAUAAGAAUAUGAUUUGUAAAGAUGAUUUCUAAAGAAUAUGAAGUAGAAAUCAUGUCAUA